AUGCGACUAUCACAGGUCGCUCAACGCAGCCCUCUCUCACAGGCCUCGCAGUCACAAGAGGAGCGUGCCACCUGCUUGGCUGGGAAAGCUGCCUACAGGGCUUUGUUGCGAUCAAGGCUCAAGAACGCACAACGGUCGAGAAUGAACGCACAGGCUGCAGUAACCGCCUCAGCAUCUCGGGCUUACGAGACUCAUCAUCGAAGUCUUCUUCGUAACGUAAGAAACGCUGUUGCCACUGCGAAAUCAAAGGCAAUAGAGACAUUUGACCGCAGGCGUGCCCGUCAAUCCCGGGAUGCUGCUGCAACAGCAACUGCUAGGGCUGCUGAGACACUGCUCCGUCGAGGGAUUCCGAGACAGAGCUGUAGCGAGCAACCCGCAAUGCCCGCAACGCUGCAGCGACUUCUGCUGCCAGAAACUCCUAGGACCCACAGACAAGGGCAAACAGACUUUCAAGGGCUGCUACAAACAUGGCCGAUGUGCGCUUAUCACAAAUUUCCCAAGCUCGCGGCAUACGCCUCAAGUGGCGACAUUCAGAGCCUUGCGGCCGCCCGUGAUAUUACCCAUCCUAGUAGCUCUUUUUGGUCUUUCUUGGCUUUCAAUUACGACUUCGGCAUUAACUUAACUACGCGUGACGACCUCAAUGUAGGGUCCAUGACCUGCGUUUGCCAAUUCUGCAAUGCCCGCAAAUGGGCUGGGGAUCCUGCCGGUCUGUGCUGCUGCUCCGGCAAAGUUCGACUGCCACCUCUGCAUGAACCACCUACUCCGCUGAGGGGACUAAUAGCCGGCUCUCAUCCCGACUCCAGCCACUUCCUUAAAACAAUUAGGCAAUACAACAACUCCUUUCGAAUGACCUCAUUUGGGGCUCAGGUCGUUCGAGAAGAGGGUUGGAUGCCCACUUUCAAAGUACAGAGGCAGGUAUACCACCGCAUUGGGUCUCUGCUGCCUGAGGAGACCUCUACGCCUAAAUUCCUUCAACUGUACUUUAUUGCAGACUACAACCUACAGUCCGAAACCCGGAUUGGUAUUUUGUCGCCGUCGGGAAGAGUUCCUCGCAGGGACGUCAUACUACUACUUCAGGCCAUGCUUCACGAGGUUCAUUCUACAGCUACAUUCGCAUACGAUGGCUACCACUUGGGCAUUCCUCUUCAUACUCCGGGUGGCCAACCUACAACGACUUCCAAAGCCUUAUCGUGCAAGGCCUUCUACUCAUACCGGUUCAUAGUUAGGGAUGGAUACUUCAACCUGCUUCAUAGAUGCAGGGAGAUUUUCCACCAGUUUGCGGUUGACAUGGCCGCUAAGAUGAAAUCGGAGAGGCUUUGUUUUAUACGGAAUCAUCAGAAACAGCUGCGCUCAGACUCCUACGUACACAACAGCCUUCGAAAUGAAGUUAAUCCCCGCGACCUAGGGAAGCUGUGCAUUCUGCCCUCUACCUACACUGAGAGGAGGAGGCGCGUUACAUGCAUGAACGCACGCAAGACACUAUGA